AUGACCAACCCAAGUCUCGUCAUGUCGCACUUGAUACCCAACGAACCUGCGCACGCUAAUUACGAUUCGUCCAAAAUUCCUUUGCGAUACUUAUUUUUCGAUAUCUUGAAAGAGGUUGCUAAACAACUGGAUAUCGAUAAUGGAUCAAGCCUAACCAAGAAUUGGAAAAUCCUGGCUUCCAUACUGAAAUUUAGUGAGAGCGAUAUACAUGGAUUGUCAAACUGCCAUCCAUCGAUAACCUUGAAAAUGCUCAAUGAACAUUUCGCACGUUUUCCCGAUUUUACUGUACAAGAAUUCAUUUCUGUAUUGGAAAGAAUGGGUCGUCAAGAAUUAGCCUUGAUCGUUAGAGAUGGUUUAAGGGACGGACUCUACAUUGAUCAAGGAAAUAUCAGACAUUCUUAUAUCAGAACAGAACUUAGAAAUGAUCAUAACGGCGAGUACGCUUUACCUGCACCAGCACGCAAUCCUAUCACCAGUCGAGAUAUUAGCAAUCAUCAUUACCAUGGCCACCUUCCAUUACAACCUCUUUACGAACAGUCCGAGACGGAAAAUGUACAGUAUCCAACAGUCCAAGUCCCUAUGUUACCAUCAGUUCGACGUCCACCUGGAACGCGGUCGUUAAUGAUUUAUUCCCACCGCAGUGAAACACAUCAAGAAAAUGUAGCUAGUCUUGCAAAGACUCUUUGUCAAGAAUUCGGUAUGAGCUGUAUGGAUCCUUACAAGGCCGAUGAAUUUCAUACCGAAAACUGUUGUGCUUUCAUUGCAUCCAAGAUGGAAGAAGCGGACUUGGUAUUCUUCGUUUUUGAUAAAAAUUAUUUGAGUGAUAGAGACUUUGAUGGUGAGGAAGUCCCCAUGGCAGAUGCUCCCGAGUCUUCACCGUUUGAGUACAAUCUAACCCACAUUAGGGCUUUACGACUAGCCGACACUAUUAUGACGAAUGAUAUUUACGCUCAUGGUAUGCGUAAUAAGAAAUUUAUUUUUAUGUUAAUGGACAACGGUUUGCCUGAAUAUAUACCCAAGAUAUGUAGAAUGUUUAAAUAUUUUAGGUGGCCUCAAGAUAAAAAAGGUUUGAUGCGCCUAAUUCGAGCUUUAAGGAAAAAGAAAAAUCCUUCUUCUUAA